UAAUUUUUAUACGUUGGCUGCAUUUGAAGUUGGUAUUUGCCAAGAGCCUGCCAUUUUGUAAGAUAGAAGGGAGAUAAAAAAUAGUUUUAUGGUGUUAAAAUUUUACAAAUACUUCGUUGCCAUUUGUAUUAGGGCCAAAAACAAAUGUUUAAAUGGACGCUUCGUCCAUUAUAACUCAGGUGUCACGGGAUGACGAGCAAUUAAACAAUUAUGGAUCCGACAGAGGGUCAUCCCCUGGCGUGCAGCAUAAUGAGGGGGACGUUACACCAGUAUCGGGGUCCACCCCCUUGGGCAGCAAGAAGUCGUCCGGCAGCGGCGGCUUUCUGCGCUCACUCUUGUGCUGUUGGCGCGGAGGCCGUGGCAAGGGCCCGCCCGGCGGCAAUGGGACUAACAGCAUCGACGGCAGGGCUUCGCCCCCGCUGUUGGUUAUGUCUGACCAUGCCCCGAGACCGUUGUUACCACCAGUGAGACACCAGGACAUGCAUAAAAAGUGUAUGGUCAUUGACCUGGAUGAGACUUUAGUGCACAGUUCAUUUAAGCCAAUCAACAACGCGGAUUUCGUGGUGCCGGUUGAGAUCGAUGGCGCCGUGCACCAGGUGUACGUUCUGAAGCGGCCGCACGUCGACGAGUUCCUGCGGCGGUGCGGCGAGCUGUACGAGUGCGUGCUGUUCACAGCCUCGCUGGCGAAGUACGCGGACCCCGUCGCGGAUCUGUUGGACAGAUGGGGUGUGUUCCGCGCGCGGUUGUUCCGCGACAGCUGCGUGUUCCACCGCGGCAACUACGUGAAGGACCUGAACAGCCUCGGCCGCGACCUGCGGCGCGUCGUCAUCGUCGACAACUCGCCCGCCUCCUACAUAUUCCAUCCGGACAAUGCUGUACCUGUCGCGUCAUGGUUCGACGACAUGACAGAUUCAGAACUGUUGGACUUGAUACCGUUUUUCGAGAAACUGAGCAAGGUGGACAGUGUGUACACAGUGUUGCGAAACUCCAACCACCCGUACAACCCGACGCAGGGCUCGCCCCCCACAUAGCCCCCCCUUAACGUGGACUUCGUCUUAAGUGCCAAUUUUGCCUUCUGGGUAGUGAGGACAUUAUUUGUACCUAUAGUACCCAAUGUACCUAUUGUACACGUUAGGUAUAGUUUAAGCGAUACCGCAUGAUGGAUUUGUGAUGUUUUUUUUAUUAUUUGAUAUAUUAUUUAAUCGCCUCCGCCGUUGAGCUUGUAAUGUGUUCCACUAACGUGAUUUGUUUGUACCUCCUAUCGACGUUUAUAUCGUGCUCGGGAUCAAAUACGAUAAGUUAGGUAGUCGAUAACAUAAAUAACGUUCGCUAGUGUCGUGUCGUAUAUCGAUAAGCCGGCACUCCGCUUUGAUCGAUGUGAAAGCGUGAGUCGUCGCGCUGGCCGACGCGAGUGCUGCACCGAACGUUGAAACAUCGACUCGAUAAACGCCCUCAUUUCUCGAACUUACGAAUGUUAUAGACUCGCAUAAUCACGAAUUCUAAAAUUCGACUGGUAACAGUAGAUGUGAUGUGAUGCACUAGGUGUUGUGUGUAAAUAUUUUUAUAUAAGGAUGUUAGACGACGUCGAUGGAAUCAUGGUUAAGAAACGAUAUCUAUAGCGGUGUACAUAUAUAUUUUACAUAUAUGAAUUACAUUAAGGAUCGAUAAAGCUUACACUUGGUGGAUAGUGUCGCGUUCGUACGCCAGUGGCAAUGGUUUGAAUUUAGAUUCUUAUGCGUUCUAGACGAUAGGUUUGUGUAACGACGAUAAUUUUAUUAAUAUAAUAUAACUUAUACGUAUUUUUAUAACUUUUUUUCAAAUCACAUAACAUUAUUUUUAAGUACACUUUUUUUAAACAAAUUUACUAUUGACUCGUUUUUAUAAAAUUAAUUAUAUUUCUAUGAAACAAAGUCAAACUAAUUUCAAACCCUUGCGACCUCAGCGUGUGUUAAGGUUUGUGCACACUAGACGAUGUAUAGUAUUAUCCACGUACGUACAUAAUGUAUCAUAAAAAUAACUUUAUUGUGUACAUACCUUAAUUUUUUUUUAUCGUAUACUAUAAUUAUUUCCUUUAAGUAAUCAUUGGUGACAAUAAUAAGUCAAUCGCAUCAGUGUCAUAUGAGUUGUUUUAAUUAUAAAUAAAUUAAUUAAUAAUGAUACGUUUUUAAGAAAUACAACACGGGUGAAAGUGGUGUCAGAGCGACUCGAUGUCCAUGUAUUAUUAUUUAAACCUGCCCAAUGGGGAAGAAUGCUGUUGUCUUAAACUGCACGUUUACUCCGCGGAUGUAAUACAAUUUAUUGGAAUCGUAUAUAGAAAAAACUUAUGUCUUAACAGUUUCAUUUCGACAGCCUUUUUCUUUGUGCGAGCAAAUAUUUAAUAGUCGAACAUAAAUGUAAUAAAAAUCAUCAUCUCAGUAUUAAAUUAGCUUUGUAGUAUUUGAUGCCAUUUUACACGAAUUAUAUCGCUAUGAAAUGAUAUGAGAAAAAUAUUUUUAUGAGACGAUAUUUUAAAAUAUUUGUUAAUUAACUCGAUAUCGAGCAUUACUAUCGACUACGCGUUAUGGCGGAUGAAUCGAACGGUCAACAUUUUUUUUAAUAAAAUAUAUCUUAAGAAAUCACUAAAAUCUAUUGGACAUUUAACGCUCCGUAGCGAGAUUAUUGCAUUUAAGGGAAUUGAAAUUAAUUUUCGACUAAAGCAUUGCCUUUUUUAUCGAUGUCGAUAAAUGUUUUCGCAAAAAUUAACCUUCGCCUUAAGUGUAGUCGUAUUUUAACGAAAGCGGAAAUUUGAAAAAGAAUAUUAUACCUGUAACAAAUUUAUUUAGGAAACGAUUAAAUUAGGUAAUAUUAUGAAAUGGUGCUUACAGUAUUAGUUGAUUAAGCAGCUCGAAAUAUUGACUGUCGGGGUGAGUUUAAAGUACUGGUAACGCACAUUUUGGCUCAGAAAAUCGACAAAACUAAAAUGAACAAAAAAAUAUUGAAUUUUAACAAGCUAAUCGGCAAGAUUUUCUCGUUUAAAUUGACUUAACAUUGACAAUUAUUUAUUUUAAUUGCAUAGCAAAAAGGUUUUAUUGUUUCUACAAAUUGUUUUUUUAGUGAUUUUUAAACGAUAUCAAUCUAUUUUGUUGGUGGGCGUGUAAAUAAGAUGUUUUAUUAACUUAAAAAAUAAUAAAAAUGAAAAAUGGAUGAUUUAUUUUAGAUGAAAACGAAAAUCUGUUUUUAAUUUUUGGUAACAUACGUGUCUGUUAUUUAGUGACUACUCCACGUAUGUACAUAAUUUACAUAUAUUUUAAUAGAUAUAAAUUAAAUUUAGAUGUAUCGUUGUUGUUAGAUGAGAAGCACUUGAAUCAUAAACCGCGAGCGGACACCGAGAUUCUAUUAUUUGACGAAUUUACCCAAUACGUUUCAUAUUGAAAUCCUAUUUUAAAGACUAUUAUAAGUUCGUUCGUACUUGCAGACAUAAUGUUCAGUUUAAAUACUCGUUAAACAGAUUGUUUUGAAAUUUCUGUUAUGUCAUAUAGGUCACGCAAGUAUCGAUAAAGUCGAUAAAACGUACGGGCCUAUGCGAGAAUACAAAAAUAUACAACUCCUUCCAAAUUCUUAUGAAAUAUUUUGUUAUUGAUUUGCUUUAAAUAUACUAAAAUGAUACUUUUAAGCUCGUCAUACAACUUGAAAUGUUUUGGAUAUGAUGUCGGCGGGUACGAACGAACCCUUCUAUACUUGAGUGGACUCCAAAUGUGUUUAUUGCAUUAUCACCCAUAGACCACUGUAGACGGCAUUUAUUUAUAAGCAUUAACAUAGAGUUUAGGAUGUUAUAGUAAUAUAUGCGUUGAUUUCUAUAGAGAAUAAGCAUUAUGUUGUUUGAACAAUGUGUUUUUUUAAACAAUAUUUAAAUUUAGGCAUACUAAGUCUCCCUGUGACCUUGAUUUGUCUACUUUUAAUAUAUCUACUAUCGUCCAGCAAAGUUAUUUAGAUUAUAUUGUUAAUUUUUAUUUAUAAAUUAAUGCAUGCAAUAAAAUUUGAAUGAUAUUUUGCUAUUAAUGUCUUAUUGGCGGAAGAAUUUUUUAUGCCUAACAUUCGAGCUUGCUGGUGUGGCCAUGAUCGUGUUGUGUUGGUUCAAAUCGAUAUGCGAUAAGUCUCUGUUAAACAAAAAUAUUUCUAUAAGAUAAUACAAUAUACGAUAUUUAUCAAGAUAGCAAUAUCAAAACUAGAAAUUGAUGUACUCUACAAGCACACACAAUAUUUUAUUCAAUGGAUUUUGUUUAAAAUAUUCUAUCUUUUUAUAUCAUAUUUCUUUCGUAUAUUACUUAUCCACAUUUGAUUUCUACCAACACAAAAGAGUUCUAAGUAUUGUGCCAUUAUGGCCGGAUGGCUGUAGCCUUAGGACAAAUGUAAUUGGCUUUUAGACCUUUUUGAUUCGUUGUUGUAUUAUUAAUUUCAAGUUUUUUUUGUAAUGUAACUUAACAUUGGUGUAUAAGGUAUACUUAUGAGGUGGAAUUAGUGAUUUUUAACGCAAUAAAUAUGUUUUUUAAUUAAACAUUUACGAGCUUAAUCCUUUUGUUGAUGUUUUGUGUGGCUAAAAAGGCACUGUAAUGCAGGGGAACGCAUUCCGUGUGUAAUUUAUCGAGCUAUGUGCAAUAGUGGUGAUGUAAAAUAUGUUUUUUGACUACUUAAUUUUAUCGAUAUAUUCAAAAUCGAUAGAUCGGGAAAAUGUAUCGAUACAUCGAGGAAAUCUAUCGAUAAAAAACUAUCUUGUCUUUGUCUGACAUUAAUAAAGUUCCUUUGUGUUACGCUACCUUUUAGUCUCGCUAAUGUUUGUUCUGUCCGUUUUGUUGUCUCGGUGCUUGUUAGAUAGAGGUUGAUGGAACUCGGUAAAGACGUAAAUUUGAUCCACUCAAAAUUAUCUUAAACCUAUUACGUUGAAACUGCUGAUUUCAUUGUUACGUGACGUAAAAAAUUGCUCUGUAGUGGUAUUUUUAGACUUAAUCUUCCUGUAAUUAUAUUUCUAUUAAAACUAAAUGACUCAGUAAAUAUUGUUUUAUGGAAUCCA